AUGACUGCAGAGCAAGAUAUUCUUAUCAGCGAAGAGCCUCAAGUGCCAUUAGAGCAGGACGAAGACGUUGUCAUGAAAAAAAAUAUCAAGUGGCUACCUUUGGAGGCCAAUCCAGAUGUCUGGAAUAAAAUUAUCCACAACAAUGGUGUUGACCCAGGCUGGAGUUUCACUGAUGUCUAUGGAUUUGAUGCAGAAUCGCUUGCUAUGAUACCCCAACCAGUGGCUGCAAUCAUAUUCCUGUUUCCUAUAACUGAUGCCUAUGAAGAAUUUAGGGAAAAAGAGGAAACGCAUCUGAAAGUGCACGAACAGAAUAUUAGCCCUAACCUUAUUUAUUACAAGCAAACCAUUUCAAAUGCCUGUGGAAUGAUGGCACUUCUCCAUUCAAUUGCCAACAACAACCACCUUGUAGUUGGGCCUGGUGUAUUUCAAACCAUACUCCAGGCAACAAGUUCCAUGUCACCUGAAGAAAGAGCUGAAUACUUGGAAAACUGUGCUGAAUUGGCGCAGAUCCAUGCAAGUGGUGCUCACGAAGGGCAGACAGAGGCACCUGACAUUACCGAACAACUUCGUCUUCAUUUCAUUUGCUUUGUGGAGGUUGAUAAACACUUGUAUGAAUUAGAUGGACGUCGCUCAUUUCCUAUUAAUCAUGGAAAAUGCUCGAAUUUCAUAGAGUCCACUGCUAAAAUAAUGACUCAAUUUGUUGAGCGAAAUCCCGAGGAGAAAGAGUACAGUGCAAUUGCAUUCUCGAAAGUGCAUGCCUCCCAGUUGUAA